UCCGGCGGGGCGGGGCGGGGCGGGGCGGGCGCGCCGAGAUGGCGGCGGCGCGCGGGUGGCGGCGGCGGGCGCUGCGGCUGCUGACGGCGGGCGGCGGCGUCCUGCUGACGCGGUUCCCCUUCUGGCACUGCUUCAGCGGGCUGCUGCUGUGCGCCGAGCGCGCCGACGGCCGCCGGAAACCCGACAUCCCCAUCCCCUACCUGUACGUGGACAUGGGGGUGGCCGUGCUCUGCGCCAGCUUCAUGUCCUUCGGCGUCAAGCGCCGCUGGUUCGCCCUGGGCGCCGCCCUGCAGCUCGCCGUCGCCACCUACGCCGCCCACGUCGGCGGCCACGUGCACUACGGCGACUGGCUCAAGGUGCGGAUGUACUCCCGGACCAUCGCCAUCAUCGGCGGCUUCCUCAUCCUGGCGAGCGGCGCCGGCGAGCUCUACCGCCAGAAGCCGCGCAGCCGCUCCCUGCAGUCCACGGGGCAGGUCUUCCUGGGCAUCUACCUCAUCUGCCAGGCCUACUCGCUGCAGCACAGCAAGGAGGACCGCCUGGCCUACCUGAACCACAUCCUGGGCGGCGAGCUCACCCUCCAGCUGCUCUUCGUCCUCUACGGGCUGCUCGCCUUGGCCUUCCUCUCGGGCUACUACGUGCGCGCGGCGGCGCAGGUCCUCGCCGUGCUGCUGCCCCCCGCCAUCCUGCUCAUCGACGGCAACAUCGGCUACUGGCACGACGCGCGCCGCGUCGAGUUCUGGAACCAGAUGAAGCUCAUCGGGCAGAACGUGGGCAUCUUCGGGGCCGUCGUCAUCCUGGCCACGGACGGCUGAGCGGGCGGGCGCGCGGGCCAGGACUGCCGCGAGGGGCCGGGCGGCGGGAGCGGCUUUUUUUAUUUUAAAGAAUCACUGCUAUUUAUUCUUUUUUUUUUUUUUUUUUAAUUUGUAAAUAUUUGGUAUUUUGGGUGAGGGCCAAAGGAUGGGGCGGGUUCUGCCCCCCGCGGCAAGGGGGAGUCGCGGGGGCUCUCGCUUGCCGGGCUCUGGCCACUGUGUGGUCGGCGUCCGGCUGGGCCCCGAGCGCCCGCUCGCUCCCGUCGCGCUCCCCCCACUCCGGUGUAUUUUUACUGAUGAAAUAAGUCUUUUACCUCC